AUGGCGAACACCACCAAGGUGGUGGCAAUCUUAGGCGUUCUUGUGUUCCUGCAGGCUGUAUCAUGCACCAUCGCCCGACACCACGCUGAUUCAGGGUCGUCUCUCGCCAGCGUCCAGGCAGGAACGAUGACGCUGGAUGGGUACGAACAAGGAGCGGAGGGCGGCGGGCCAGCAGCGUGCGAUGGCAUAUACUACAGCGACGGAGAUUUCCUGGCAACGCUGCCUACGGAGCUGUACGCUGGCGGGAGCCUGUGCCACAAGUUUAUAGGCAUCCUGAGCACGCAAACCGGGCACAGCGCGAGGGCCAUGGUUGUGGACGUGUGCGAUGACUGCGACGACGACGAGCUGGGGACAUCAGCUGCCGUGUGGAAUGCCCUGGGGCUCGAAGCCAAUGUCGGCGUCGCGCCCAUCAGGUGGUCUGUGCAAUGA